CUUUCUCUUCCUUCUACAGAAACCAACAACCCACUUGUUUCUUCCUCCCUCAGUCCCUCUCUCUGUACAAGAACAAAAAAAACCAAAAAGGAAGAAUAUGAAGAAGAAGAAGACGCAGGAAGCAGAAGAACCAGGAAAAGAAGGAACCCCCACCCAACCUCACUUGUGCUCUCCUUCUCUCUUCUCUCCGACGUUGUCUCUUUCUCACUCUGCGAUCUCAAAUCUCCGAAAUCGCCGAUGAAGCGGCAAACUUGCCAAGGAAGGAGAGUCAUUCGACGCCUGGUUGGCUAGAUCAACGCCCUUUUGGAUCGAUGAAGAGAAGGAAAGGCGUGAACGACGAUGACGG